AUGAGCUCCACACUAUCGGAAGAACUCUCAAAGGCACUUAUGACCUUGUUCCUGAACUCUGAUAGAAUGCCAGCAGUAUCGCAUCCGCAGUCCCACGCUGGCUUGGAACCAUGGAACAAGGACCAGGAUAUCGUCUACGCCCUCAACCGCGGCGACCUCGCCAAAGAACGUGAACGACUCGAGUACAACCACAGGAACAUCUUCCUCCCUCUUUGCGGUGGACUCUGUCCCCAGCAAAUCUUGACACAUCUUAAGAAUCAGCAGAACCCUCGCGUUGCAGAAAUCGCCACCGGCACCGGCAUCUGGCUGAGAGACAUGGCAAAGUUGCUCCCCUCCAGCCCCGAGCUGCGAGGCAUUGAUAUGGACACCACCAAGUUUCCGCCACCAUCUGACUUGCCUCCAAACAUUUUUCUUCUGCAGCAUAAUGCGUUGAAGCCGUUUCCAGAGGAGAUGCAUGGAUCAUUCGACAUGAUACACAUACGCUUGAUUGGAUCUGGAAUGCGAAAGGAGGAUUGGGGAACUGUGGCGGCGAAUGCGUUCGCGCUCUUGCGCUCCGGGGGGUACAUCCACUGGGAAGAAGCCGGCGAUACGUCCUGGAAGUGCGUCCCGCCUAGCCACGCUUUCGACGAGUGGUCUCGAAUCAGAAUGUUGUGGUCCAUAAAAGUUGGCCGCAAUCCAUUUUAA